UGGCGUUGUCGGGGCGACCAUGCGGCCCCUCACGGAGGACGAGACUCGCGCCCUGUUCGAGAAGCUCCACAAAUACAUCGGGGAGAACAUCCAGCUGCUGGUGGACAGGCCCGACGGCGCCUACUGCUUCCGCCUGCACAACGAGCGCGUCUACUACGUCAGCGAGAAAAUUCUCAAAUUGGCCACCAACAUCUCCGGGGAUAAGCUGGUGUCACUGGGGACCUGCUUUGGGAAGUUCACAAAGACCCAGAAGUUCCGGCUGCACAUCACAGCGCUCGAUUACCUCGCUCCCUACGCAAAGUAUAAAGUGUGGGUGAAACCUGGUGCGGAACAGUCCUUCCUCUACGGGAACCACGUACUGAAGUCCGGCCUGGGUCGCAUCACGGAGAACACCGCUCAGUACCAGGGAUUGGUGGUGUAUUCCAUGGCAGACGUCCCUUUGGGUUUUGGAGUGGCGGCCAAGUCUACCCAGGAGUGCCGGAAAUUGGACCCCAUGGCGAUCGUGGUGUUUCACCAAGCCGACAUUGGGGAGUACGUGCGGCACGAAGAGACCCUGACUUAAAAUCCAUCCCCAGAACUUGACACUGGGUGGGGAGGACCGAAUGGACGGCCCUGCCUCCGCAGCCCGUCGAAACGGGAGUACCGGGUGGCGACAACACACUGGGACCUUUCCCGGGAGAUGGUCUCUAGCUGCAGUCCGUCACAGACGUUGCCAGAUGCAGGCAGGACUUGCAUAUGGGGUGGGUCCAGCGUGGGGGAAGUUACAGCUUUAUAUCUUUUUUUAUGGAGGGUAUUAAAUUGAAUGCUGCGUUUUGUAUGGAA